UUCCCAGCCUCAUCUUAAUAGUGGAUUAACAGUUUUGAAAAUUAUAUUGCCGUAAAUUCUGAGUUAAAGUUACAAAUUGUCUCAAGAAGAAUAUUUGCGACAUUGAUAUGAAUAACGUGUGCAAGUGGGCAUUGGCGUGAAUCCAGAAAAGGUAGGGGGGCCAUGCGAAGCUCUCAGUGUGUCGGCGGCCGUGUGGUACGGUGGAGGGCGGGGCUGGGACUCUUCGCUCAUCAGUGUUCAGAACGCCAAGGGAUUCACCACCGCGAAACAUCUGAGAUCUGACUAGGAUAGAGAAAAUUAUCCAUUGUGUAUUAGGUUUACUUGAGGGAAAACUAGAUAUCUGCAUAAACUUUGUUCCUCGGCUACUGAGUGAAAUGUCCUUGUGAGUUUGAGAAAGUGCUGAGUUGAAGUAACGGUGUGAAUCAAACGAAACAACAACACUCGUCGGCAUGUUUCGCCGCGGGUUAUCUCGGAACAGGCCCGGAGACAGGAAGAACAACGAGCCGGAGUAUGAGGAAGUUGGCCCUCCCAUCCACCUGAAAAAGGCACCAGAGAGCCGCGGGGAUGGGCACAACUGCGACCUGUGCGGCUCCAUGGAGGCUGCGGUGCGGUGCGAGAAGUGCGGCAACCAAGCCUUCUGUAUGUCCUGCGAUGACAUGUACCAUCGCCACCCACGCCGCAGCGCCCACGUCAGGAAGGCGGUGGACACCAAGACACCGACAGGAGGCGUGGUAAGACCACCCUUACCACCCAAGGGCGAAGUGCCGCCCCCACAGCCACCACCGAGGAAAAACAAGCGGGCUGGCUUCCUCUCCAGCACAAGCUUCAGCAAGAAGGAUCAGGAUAUUGAAUUCGACGGUGAAGAAGGAACGGUGUACACUCUGCCUUUGCCUCUGCGUCGCCCUACGACGACCUCCAGCGACGGCAGCAGCACGGGGCGAACCAUCAUGGGCAGCCUGAAGCGGUUCAUGGGAGCGAGACCCCUGCCCCCGACCCCUGACCACAGCAAAGGUGUGGUGAGUCCAAACCAGAGUGAGGCCGGGGGGACAGUGGCGGUGGGGAGGCCCGUGAUGCGUGCCGCCACCAGCCCCAGCCUUCCCAACCUCAACGAUCACAUUGAAGAGGAGAUGAAGAAGGAGCUGCCCCAGUCAGUGGCCGACUUCAACACAACGACGAUGCCCCACAACUCUGUCUCCACGCCCGCCACGCCCACCUCACUCAAUGCACCGUACCCUCCGCUGCAGCCCAAGGCUCCCCAGUCCCAGCCCGCGCCGCAGACACACUCCCUUGGUAGAAAGUUUUCCCUGCAGCAGCUUCCCCAGGGCCUUGAAGACAAAAGGACGUCCAUGGUGGAGCCCACGCCGAGCGGAGUGGGGUGGGAGGCUGAGACAGUUAAGCCCCCACCACGCACACGCUCCCACAGUAUUUCUGAUGACCAGUGGGCCCAGGUGAUGGCCGCCCAGCCUGGCACAGGCGAGUCAUCUAUCACUACGGAGGCGUCCUCUGGACCCACGUGUCCUCCUGGUCACACCCCUGCAGAUAUGUCAGUUUUCUCGGGCGUCACCCCCCGGCGCAGCUACGCCGGCAUUCCUGGAGGAAGGGGCGGCGGAACCACGAUGGGGCGGGGCAUGGUGUCCUCCGCCUCCGUGUGUGACCUGAACACACUGAGUCAGCAACAACCACCACAGGCUUUUAAUGGCACUCAUGGGGCCAACAGUUUCCAGCAGCUGAACAUGAUGGGCUACGGCGGCGGCAUGAUGUGGGGCGCCCCCUGUGACAUGUGCCAGGCGGCUUCGGCUUACCCUGGGCAUUCAGGCGCCGGUGGGAUGAAACGCACAGCUUCCAACCUGUCCAUGAAUCUUUCAUCGGUGGGGAGUGACAUGACAGGUUACCCGUGGGCUGCACCACCGCCUCACGUCCACCACCACAUGCCCAUGUACCCGGGCUACUAUCCUGGGUAUCACCCACAUAUGGUCAUGCCCACAAUGGGUGCUCCCAUGGGUCUUAACGUAUCAAUACCAGAUUCCAUGCACACUUUUGGUAAAGUACCGUCCUCUCCGGCGCCCUCAGUCCGCUCCACCUCGCAUCGCUCACACAAAUCCAGUAAGUCUCGUUCAUUCAGUGCAGCUGAUGCCAGUGGGCGCCGUAGUCGUAACCGCAAAGCAAAACGAUCCGAGGAAAGUGAGGAGAGCCGAUCUUCCUCCGGUAGUGAUGAUGGUGACUACGUUGAUGAUAGGGAAACUAAGUCUACUCACAGCGGAGGCAACAGUCUAGCAUGGCAGUGUGACCACUGUACGUUCAUUAAUAACGGCGGGACGCGAACCUGCGGCAUGUGCUCAAAGACUUUAACAAAUAACGGUCGUGCCAGCCGUCGCGGCAGCGAGAGACGCCGAUCAGAGCGACGGCGAGACCGACGAACUGAUCACGAGGAGGACGAUAAGGACCUGUCUGAUUAUGACAACCAAGACAGCGGAGUGGUGAAAAGCAACUUCUCCUUCAGUAUUAAGGACAGCAAGCGUGAAAAUCGCAGCAAGAUCUCGAGUUCCAACAAGAGUAAGAGUAAGAAAAAGUCCCGCCGACGAGACAGCUCUGCCUCGGUCUCUGGCUCGGAGAGUGAAGGAGAGGAAGAAGAGCGACUCGAGCGACACAUGCGUGACCUGCGGGUGUCCUCCCGACGGAAGGGCAACGACUACGAUGGUGUCAACGGCAAGGACAAUGACAAGGGCAGAGACAGAACCUCGCGCAAGAAAGAAGGAAGUGUAAGCCGGUUCAAGAAUAGGGGUCGGAACCAUUCGGAACGAGCGAGGACGCCGGGCCGCCAAACACCUCGACACCGAAGCCCAGCAGAGGACAGGAGAUCCUAUGAAGAUGAUUCCGAAACGACCUCCUCAGACGCCGAUCACCCACCCCGCCAUAGUCAGUCGGGUGACCACACCCUGAACUCUGUUGAUGGGACUCUGGUGGACACACUGGUGUCUGAAGCCACUCUAAAAUUAGAUAAGAAGUCAAAAUCUAACAACAGCGAACACAAACCAAAAUCUAAAGCAUCUAAGGCUUCAAGUCCUGCACGAAGUUUGGUAGACGAACAGCAAGCCCAGGAACUCCAAGAUGUUGCUCAUGAAACUAACGAAAAUAAGGACAAAUCGCCAAGUCCAAAACCAAUGGUAAGGAAAAGUAAGUCUCCUCCUCUGUCUCGAGGCGAAGUGGAUGAGCCAAGCUUUGCAAACACCUUAGAUGAUGUGCCCACAAUGGGGACUAAUGAGGUAGCCGAUCAAGAUCUUGGUAGCCAAUACACUGAUGACCAGCCUCCAGUGAUUGAGAUGGCAGUGGAGCCCCAAGACAUACCCACUGUCCAAUACAAACCAUCAACCCCGUGGGAGGAGCGUGCUGAGGAGCCCCAAACUGUCGUGUUCGAGUUGCCGCCUGUCGCUCAAGGGGAAGCUGAAAAAGCUGAAAUUAAAGAGGAAGUCAAGUUUGAAAGUCAGGCUGAUGCCAAAAAACCAGACACCCAUAUUGCUGUCCCAGAAACAGUGUAUGCUGAGCCGAGCUACGAGACUGUGGAGGACCCGACAAAGGCGACCACCCCUGAAGAGGAAGUGAAAGAACAAGCAGCUCCUCGUGAAGAUAGUGUCCAACCCGAAGACAUUGCCCAAGCAGAAGACAUUGCCCAGCCUGAAGACAUUGCCCAGCCAGAAGACAUUGACCAAGGUUUAUAUCAAGUGGCCACCCCUAAAGAACUGCCCAUUGUUGAGAAAGUUGAAGAAUUACCUCCAGAAGAAGUCCUCCAGGUGGCCAAGGCGUGGCAUAGCGGACCUGUGGACACCCGAGGAGAGAUGGCUCGCUCCGCCUCCUCUGGGUCAUCCUUGGGCCUUAACUCUCCCCACGACAGACAGUACACGCCCCUUAGCUUCUCCUCCUCUGACGCACAAUUCUACUCUCCUCCGGACUCUCCAGAUCUCUCCCUCAGCGAGCAGCUCCAAGAAAACCUCCAGCCUGGCCAGACGCAGAAUUUGAUUGGCGGAGAGGACGAUAGCCUGGUGACGGCGUGGGAGUCUGUGCCACAGACCACCGAGGCCCUAAAAUCGUCCCAGGAAAGUAUUAGGUCGUCUGCUGAGCAGCUGCCUCUCGCAGAGGAGGCAUCCGGCGGGGAAGAGAAGAACAGCCCCGAGAGACCCACGUCCGCAGGCCCUUCGCCGCGCCUCGCUGAUGGCUACGAAUCCUUAAGCUUCCACGACGCACUAACCCCGUCCAACGCUGACGCCCUGCCUGGCUCCGCCUCACAACAGGCCGCGGCGCUCACCACCGACCCCGCUGACGUCACCUCGGCCAGUGUCGACGCCCUGAUCAAUGAGGUGCCGCGCCCCUUCAGGUGGGGAGAGGAGGACAUGAACGAAAAGUAUCUGACAGUUGAGGAGAUCAUCACUAAGCGGCGGCAGGAGGCCAUGAGGAAGCAGGGCCUCAAGAUGGUACAGGUCCUCAGGGACGCGGAAAACUUGGGUUAUCAGUCAGAAGACGUGUCCAUCGCCCUCACACACUGUGGCGACAAGAACCCCUUGGAGUGGUUGAAGGAGAACUGGCGGCACAUGGUGGACACAGUAGCCACACUCGCCACCAAUUACGGCCAAGAGCGGCAAGUCAAUGAUAUCGGCUUCAUCACGAUGGCAGAGGCGAAGACAGCACUCAGGCUCCACAAAGGCAAUAUCUGGGCUGCCGUCACCGAGUGCGUGGAGCAGCGCCAAAGAAAGUUUAGUGAAAUCUACGCGCGUGGACGGUUCCGGCGAGAGGACGUAGUGAAGGCCUUGGAGACGUGUGACGGAGAUGUGGACCGCGCCUUCCUGGAAGUGAACAAGUCCCAGCUGCAACCUUUCCUCAUGAAAAUCUGGAACCCUGUGCAGGCCACUAUCAAGAGAUCUCAAGCGGCGCCUUCACAACCAAGCGCCGCUCCUCCAAAAACAGCUCCAGCGGUGAGUUCAGGGACUCCCGCCCCGGUGGCUCCUUCGCUCCCCGUACAGCCCGAUAUCACUUCAGAGCCCCAAGGCCCGGAAGUCAGCCGGCCUAGCCAAGCUCCUAAAGGUAUACUUGGAGGGAGACUCACUCCAACAUUUGACACCGGUGCCAGCAAGGUGCCCAGUAGGCUGUGGCAUGGACUGUGCUCACUGUUUGACAGCUCCACCAGGAGAAGCACAUCGGAGCACCAAGAUGAUGAUACACAUAUAGAGUUUAUUGACACGAGUGACGAGGACGACGUCUUUGAGAAUACCUAUGCCAGCAUUGACCAUUUCAAGCAACCUGCCAAAGUGGAACCCAUUUACGCCACUGUGAAAAAAAGACCCAAGCCAAGCCCUAAAGUACAGGACUUGCCCAAAAGUGUAAGACCCGAGCAGCAAAAUGUGCCACUUCCUCCAAAAGAGAACCCCUCCUCAUCUCGCGGCAUAAUCCAGCCGUCUCCUAAACAAGAAGAGUUGGUUCCCGCCAGCGAGGUGACAGGUCCGGAGUCUGAAGAGGAAUCGACCAUAGAAGAGUUGGUGCAAGACCUAGGGAGCGCCCCCUACUACGAGUAUUUCACAGCCGUCGGCGAGGAUGAGACGGACGAGUCGGAGGAGAGAACGAGCGAAGAGAUCAGCAACUUGAGCGGCUUGUCCGAGGACGAAGGCGAGACUUCAUCUGCUGAAGAACUCUCCGAGUCUGACUCAGGAGAAUCCCAGGAGACAGAGCAAGAGGAAGACGUUCUCGUGCAAGAGGAAGAAACAGAAGUAGUAGAAGUGGAGGAGGAAGAGGAGAUGGAGGAGGAGGAAGAAGAGGAGGAGGAGGAGGAGGAGGUAGAAGAAGAAGAAGAAGAAGAAGAAGAAGAAGAGGAGGAGGAGGAGGAAGAGGGGGAGGAAGAGGAAAAUAAAGAUGUGAAUGAAGAAGGAGAAGUUACGAUUGAAGUGCAACAGGAGCAGCCAGCUGAUAUACAGUUGAUCAGACCACAAGACGUGGUGGUGCACCCUAUCAAGGCUUUCACUCACUACGCUGAUAUCUCAGUUUCUGACUUCACCGAGGAGCCUCAUAGCAAAGUCUCCCUUCAUCCCACCACGCCCUCUCCCAACUCCUCUCCCACCUCUGUGCAUCCCUCUGGAGGCAACACCCGUCUCCCGCCCAAACAUUCGCCCGAUUCCCGUCACACACCACCGCCCCAGACAUCGAAACCUGAGAUGCUCAAUAUAGUCAGCCAGACCUCCCCUGCUCAGUCAUGCCAGUCACAAAAGAAAGUACCAAAAUAUUCAAGCACCUUGCACGUCAAUCUCUCAACUCAAAGAAAGUCUUCUGAACACACUACCGCCAAGUCUCCUGCUGCAGCCCGCCAGCCGCCUUCCUUGUCGGUUCUCGAGGCGAAGGGAGGCUCGUCCACAGCUUGCGCUCAAGAUCCUCAGCGACUCAGACCCGUUCCACUUUCGGUAGACAACAAAUCUUCUCCGCGUUCAGCUGGAAAUUCCUUUGUUUUGGAUGAUGCCUACGAGAGUGACGAUGAGGAAUCUGUUAGUGUCACCACCGGACGAUUGAGUUUAUCCUUGAGUUCCUCCAGCAUCAACGUUAAGUCAGAAGUCAUUCAAACGGAACAAGUUGCGACUGUAGACCACGGAGACAGAAUAGAGCCAAACGAUAAAACUAAUGAAGAAGAAGGCGGAAGUAUUGACAGACACAUCUCCGAACAGGGCGAGGAGUCAGCGGCGGUGGGUGGCGGGAGAAAACAAGUGUCGGAAGACGAGGAGUCCCUGGAGGCUGAGGCACCAGAAGAACAGGAGGAGCCUGCAGAGCCUGACGAGCCUGAGGGAGCACAGGGGCCUGAGGUGGCCGAUGCACACGAGGACACUGAGGAUGGGAAGGAGAAAGCAGAGACGCAGUUGCCAGUGAUCGAGCCAGGAAUGCUCCAGACCCGCACAGGACCCGUCACGAUCCAGAAGGCGUCCGUCAUCGUAGGCAAGGCCAUUGCUAAGGCCAUGGCUCGGGAGAGUUCGGUACGCGAGUCUCACAGCGGUUCCCAGACUCCUGAACAUCAGGAAGCUCCGAUGGCUACCCCAGAGUCGUCUGAAGGCGAGGAAGAGACUCAAGGUACAGUGAGCGUGUAUGAUUCCGACUCCGAUGACCAGCUGCACAUUCUAGACACCAUCCCUGAGGAAGAGGAGAUCAGUGAAAUGACGGAGUCUGGCAAAGUCAUUAUCCGGCCAGCUUCAAAAAGGACUCCGAGCAGUGGGGAGGCGAGCGUGACACCAGCUGCCUCAUCUCCCCCAGCUCCUCCAUCACCGACACCUUCGCCCGUAGCUGUGGCAUCUGCAGCAGGUAAAAGUGAUACACAAGCAGCAGCCCGCGUCCCCAAAACUCCCUCACCUACACCCCCAGAACCAGCGCCUUCUCAGGAACCAGUAAAGGCUGAUGAUACAAAGGAGGCUGUCACGACAACUAAAAAGAAUUCACAGUUAUCAAGUAAGAAACCCGAGACUGUUCCACCAUCACCAAAAGAUAACACAGCUGUUCAAAAGUCUGAAGUAACAGAAACCACGACAGUGAGAAGACGAAGGAAACCCGCCAGUGAGGAGAGCAAUGAGGGCACCGCCGCUCCAGCCACCACCACCGCCACCGCCACCGCAACCGCCGCCCCCGCCCCCGCCCCAUCCACAUCCACACCCUCAUCCUCCAACACUAACACUUCAUCAUUAAGAAGAAGAAGAAGAAAUAGGUCACUUCCUGAGUCUUCUGGAGAGUCUGAAGGCGAAGACGGCGUGGUCAAAGCAGACAGGGUGAGAGAGAGGGAUCACCCUCUGAUCCCGCGCCUCUUGGUACAGAUCGAAGGACUCAAGGCGCGCCCCAACAAGAAGGAACCAGACUACCAGGAAAUGCGGGAGUUGAAGGAGAAGAUCCAGGUGAUGCGUCGCGAGCUAGAGUCCCGCAUAGAAGAGAGCGACGACCGUCCAGACACUCCAGAGACUCCCCAGGACGAGCAGCCCACUAAGAGCCCCUACAUCCUCAUCCCUGACACGCCGCAGGAAAAGCCUCCGCCGAAGGAAUACGAACAGCUCAAGUUUGACCGAACAGUGCGAAGGCUGCUGGCGGAGGGUCGCUCAGGCACUUACGAAAAGGCGGAGCUGGCGGCUCACCUUCUUAAUCUUAAUUUCGAUGAGUUUGACUCCGUGUCGGCAGCAGAGGAGUGUUCCUCAAUAUACACAGCCAUUCAGUUCCUGCAGCAGGAUUGUGAGCUGUGCGCUGAAAAGUAUCCUAUGAGGAAGAUGGUGUCCAUGCUGCAGUGCACACACAGAUGCUGCUGUGAUUGCGCCAAGACCUACUUCACCUUCCAGAUCAAGGCCAAAAAUAUCCGUGAGGUGCGCUGUCCCUUCUGCAAUGAGCCUGACCUGGAUGCCAACGAGGAGACCGCCAACGAGUACCUGAACAACAUGGACAUUCUGCUGAAGAACAUCCUGGACACAGAGACCCACGAACUGUUCCAGCGGAAGCUUCGGGACUGGACGCUCAUGAAGGACCCCAACUUCCGGUGGUGCAAUAAGUGCUCGUCAGGAUUCAUAGCAAACCCUCGCGCCAGGAAGCUCAUCUGCCCAGACUGCAAGGACGUGACAUGCGCACAGUGCCGCCUCCCCUGGGAGACGCCUCACGAGGGCAUUUCCUGCGCGAAGUUUGCACAGUGGAAGGCGGACAACGACAUGGAGGUGUCUCUCCAGGGUGUGGCCAAGCACCUGGCUGAGUGUGGCAUCACCUGUCCAAACUGCAAGUUCACUUACUCGCUGGCCAAGGGAGGUUGUAUGCACUUUACUUGCACUCAGUGUAAAUAUGAGUUCUGCUCGGGAUGCGGUCAACCAUUCCGUCAAGGAGCCAAGUGUCCAGUUGGGCCUUAUUGCGAGCGACUAGGCCUCCACGCUCACCAUCCCAGAAACUGCCUAUUUUACCUCAGGGACAAGGAGCCAAACCAGCUCCAAAACUUACUGAAGGAAUCCGGUGUGAGCUACGACACUGAGCCCCCGCCAGGCCAGGAGGUGAAGCCAGGGGCCCGAAGUUCUUGCCAGGUGCAGGAGCAGAAAGAGUUAGCUGAUGGCCUGAAGGACGACAUCUGUGGCCGUACUGUGCCUUCAGGAUACGCUGGCCUGUGCAGAAAACACUACCUUGAAUAUUUGGGUCGGUUGUGUUAUAAAAAUAGUAUAGACCCGCUGCCCAUUAUGGAUGAGGAGGAUCUGAGAUAUAUGUUGCGCCGAGAAAACCUGACGGCGCCCAAACGGAGACCGCGGGAACCUGACCUAUUCUUUUUGAGGAGGAUGACUAAGUUAAUCAAGGAACACCUGCCGCUGGAAAGCCUAAAUUGAAGUAGUUGUAACAAGAGAAGAGAAGAAAGCAGCUAUAGUCUGUGAUGUCUACAUUUCUCUGGUGAUGACAAACCAAGCAAGGUGUUUCCUGCAGCCUCAGGACCUUCACGCCCCGACCAGCAACACCACAAAGCAAAGCAACUCAGUUAUGAAGGAAACACCGUGAUCUCGUCCAUCACAUCGCCAUCUCAUGAACUUCCCUGCCUCCUGGUUCUCUUGCCUCACUGCUUACGUUUGUCUUGGUUUUGUAGUGUCAAGUUGAUUUGAAGAAGGUUUGGAAAUACAGAGCGAGCACAAUGAAGGGAGGAGAGGUGUCAAAGUAUCUGUAAUCUAGGUACUACAUGUAUAUAUUGAAAUAAUACACGUUGCCUGAGAUGUAAACAAGUCAUGCGUUGGCAUUAACUUCAUGAUCAUGCCAGCCUUGUAUGGAUGAAGGGUAACCGUCAUGGUGUAUAGAAUAGCGCCUAAGUUAUGAAACUAUUGGUAGGCCAUGGUGUUGAUAGCUGCCAAUAUUCUGGCUGUGAUUCGAGUCAGACCUACGGAAGGGAACGUAUGCAAGGCAAGAGUACGUAUAAUCUCCUCCUUAGAGCUCUGAGUCUCUGUAUGGCUCAUGGUAGUUUUGUGUGAGCACCUUUUAGAAAGACAGAAUGCAGAGAAGCUACGGACGCUACUUAGAUAUGUAGUGUCUUCACACAUUGCUUUCAAUAUCCUUACAUGUCUCAUCUCGUGCAUCUAACAAUUCUUCUGCAACUUUUGCUUCCUAGCCUUGACUUUCCGGCAUUUUUAACACUAUCUAAUUUUAUUCUUCCCCCUUGGCAACGAUCCAGGCUAAUGAGGGAAUCAGGCACACUUCUUAGACUGACGCUAAUCGUAUAACUUCCUUUUGUGACUCUAACGUUCUCUCAAAACAAAUUUGUUUUUCAUAAUGAAGAUUGCUACCAUACAGCACCUCCAUCUUUCUAUUUGCUACUUCUCAUACCUUGUAUAUCUAAACCUAACUAAGAGAGGCUCUUUCCUAAGAUAUAGAAGCUUGUCACCUCAGUUUAUGUACCAAGAUCCUUUCAUGGCGCAUACCUUCUCUCUACUAUAAUAUAUUAUGCAUUAAGUUUUACAAAAAAAAUCUUCUUGUGCUGCAAUAUUUGUUUACAUCAUCAAACUAGAAAUUUUCACGAAGUCUCUUCAAAUGAACUGAGACUACAGCAUUUCACAUUCGCUGCCCCAGCUUAAUGUGACUGUCCCUUCAUUGCCACGACGCGCGGGGGAAGUCUGCACAUGAAUCGGCUGCCCUAGAUAUGCACAUGUAUUCGAUAUCCUAAUUCAUCAUUCUUGCUUCUCAAGUCUUCACUACUUCCAGCAUAUCCAGCUGCAGCACACCCGCCUCGCUCCACGCGUGGCCAUGGCCUGGUGGUGGCGGCGCGAAUCUGUGUUGUGACAUGAGGGAGGAAGCUCAACUUGAUGUCUGUUUUCUUUUGCUUUGCCAUUUAAUUACAAUACGUAUUAGUUAAUUAUUACAAUAUUUUAUGCAUUAUAAUUUCAAUUUUCCAUAGAAUUGGUUCAAAAUUUCACUAUACUGUCAUCUUUCUUCCUCCACUGAAGCACCAGCAGUGCCGCCGAGGGUCGGCACUACCCCUCCUAACCUGCUGCUUCAUAGAGUUUCAUCUGUGAUUUUUUUUAUUUAUACUCCAUCUUGUGAAGCAAUAAAAUACUAUUACAAUGGA